CUCGCGGGCACAAGUCAACACAAAAGGAAGCUUCACGCUUCCAAUAUUGUACCAGCAACGUAACGGUGAAACUCUCUCGAGAAAAUGUACGAAGACUUUGUCGUUUCAUGAAAAUAAUAUGAUACUAGAUAGCAUCUUCUCCACUACGGUGCUUUACUUCGUUGCUGCUAUUUUGUUCGGUAGUUUGGUUUUGCUCGUGGUGAGCCUACGUCUUUACAUUUCUCACACCUUGGGCAUUUGCAAGAGCAAGGAUCGAAUGGAAGGAAAAACGGUGAUAAUCACCGGAUGCACUUCCGGUAUCGGUAAAGAGACUGCAAGAGACCUUGCCAAGAGAGGCGCGAGAGUCAUUAUGGCAUGCAGAAAUGUAGAAUCUGCUAAUCAACUAAAAGACGAGUUUGUGAAGGAAUCGAAUAACACUAAUAUCGUAGUCCGCAAAUUGGAUCUGGCAUCAUUGCAAUCGAUUAGAGAAUUUGCACAGCAAAUAAAUCAAGAAGAGAGAAGAUUGGACGUGUUGGUUCACAAUGCUGGAACUGCGGAGACUUUCAGAAAGAAGAUCACGGAAGAUGGAUUGGAAAUGACUAUGGCUACUAAUUACUUCGGACCUUUUUUGUUAACACAUCUUUUAAUCGAUUUAUUGAAACGAUCAAAGCCAAGUCGUAUAGUAGUAGUUGCAUCAGAGCUGUAUCGAAUAGCACGUUUAAAUUUCAAUAACAUUAAUCCCACGACAACAUUGCCGGCGUAUCUGUAUUACGUGUCGAAGUACGCAGACAUAGUCUUCACACUAGAACUGGCGCGACGAUUGGUCGGCACAGGAGUGACGGCGAACUGCCUACAUCCCGGAAUGAUAAACAGCGGAAUCUGGCGAAAUGUACCUGCUCCAUUAUCCUGGUUCUUGAACAUUAUAAUCAGAGCUUUCUUUAAGACACCCCAGCAAGCUGCGCAGACGACAAUUUACCUUGUCGUUUCUGACGAAGUUAAUGGCGUCACGGGCAAAUAUUUUAUGGACUGUGCUGAACAUCGAUUAUCGAACGCUGUAAAGGAUUCUUCCAAAGGUAAGAAACUGUGGGAACUAAGUGAGCCUCUUGUAAAACUGCGACCGUCAGAUCCGAAGAUUUGAAACAUGCGUAUUUUUGUAAACCUUUGUACAAUGUCUGUUGUUCGUUACAUCGAAACUCUUUUGUACUUUAAAAUAUAAAUUUUAAUUUUCUAAAAACCUUAUUAUAAUAUAUGUAUCAGAAACUUACUCAAACUUAUCUUACUUAGUAGUUUUGAAUUUUUACUUAGCUAAGGAUGAUGUAGUUUUAAAGAAAAAGCAAUAUUUUAAAAGAUAAAGGAACAAUUGAUAUAAUUACGAGUUGUAAUUACAGUUGAUAUUUAUUGAUUAUACAUAAAUGUUGGCUUUAUAUUAAAGUUAGUAAUACAA